AUGUGGCUGAGAUUGAACUCGAGCGAUGUACCGAGCGAAAAUGCACUGAGCGAGCUAUUGAAAGGAACAUCGAUCUCAGAUACUGCGGGUGUUACGGAGUCACCACCCGCCCCACUAGAGCCACCAAAGAUGUUGUUGGUCGAGGAUAAUCCAGUCAACAUGAUGCUACUUGCAACGUACAUGAAGAGGAACGGCUGGGACUACGAAGAGGCAACGAACGGUUUGAUAGCUCUGCAAGCAUUUCAAAACCGACCUCAGGGGUUCGAUGUGAUUUUCAUGGGAUACGAAUCCAUCCGCAAAAUCCGCGCGGUCGAGGCCGAACGCCGUGCCGCCUACGGGGUCCAACUCCAAUCCCUCUCGUCGCCACCUACCCCGCCCUCACCGCCUGCAUUCUCUUUACUAGUCAUAGCGUUGACCGGCUUCAGCAGUCAGAAUGAUCAGGAAAUGGCGUUUGACUCUGGAAUGGACAUUUUUAUGACAAAGCCGGUGAGGUUUAGGGACGUGGGGAGUAUUUUGGACGGCUGGAUGAAGACUCGGGAGGAGAGGAGUUCAUAG